AUGGAAGCUCGUGUUGUGAAGCUAGUUGAACAAGCGACUGGUUCUCUGAAAAAAGCUGUAACUUACGACAAAGCCAAGAAAUUUAACGAUGCUCUACCCAAAUACCAAGAAGGAGUAGCUUUUCUCAUGGAUGCACUCAAGUGGGUUAUUUUCUAUUUCAUUUGGUAAGAAAUUUGUCAGAAUUUUUUAUAGUAUGCUCAAAAAAUUUUUUAGAUGCGUUUGAAUAAACACAUACAUUUUAAAAAUGUGUCUAGAAGCUCUUUCAAUGUUAUUUUGGUUAUGUAUGACUUCUUCGUUUCAAACUUUUGAACACAAUAUUUUUGGGAAGCAGUAUAAAUAUAAUUCAUUAGAUUAACGUAUUCAGCCUAUUGACUGAGGCUGAUACUCGGAAGGCUGUAUUUCGGACGAAAAUAGAUGAAUACAUACGGCGAGCUGAAGAACUUAGAGAUAUUGUGAAGCCGGAGGUUCAUUCUUCAAAUAGAAUCAUGCAAACUUUUUUCUUAUUUUUAGGUGAAGUCUAUAGAGCAACGGAUUGUGCAGGAUAACUCGGUGGGACAUGGUUAUGAUAGGGUUUUCGCCAAAUGUUUGGACGACAGCCUUACCAGCGUCGUUGUCAAAGACGCCUACAUAAUCGCUCAUCAUCAGGUUGAAUAACUAAAUUUCGAUGUGAAUAAUUUUUCGAAAGAUUGUUAACUUUGUCCGUUUCUGCGAGUUGGUAGUGCAAUCGGCGAGAAAUAUUCGCUACAUUUCUUUGUCCACUGGGGAAAACGCUCGUCAGAAUGCGGCCGCUUUUGAAGAGUUGCGAGGGUGAGUUUCAUCAAAUUCUUACGAGUUAUCGUUAAAAUAUUCACAAAUUGUUUAAUUUUAUAGAAGUCUCGAGAAAAAUAAGAUCGCUUUGUCUGUCGGGUUCAGCACCGUUUUGCAUGAUCGGGAGAUUAUGUAAGUUUAAGUAAACGAUGAACAGAUUUAGUUCUUGAAAUAACUAGGUUUUCAAAGAAGCCUUUCGCGGGAUUAAUUUGGAUAGUUUUCAUAGUUUUACGGUGUCCGUUUUAACUUGAAUUUUAAUGAGUUGCAUCUUUUGAUGGGCAUACUGCAAAAGUCGUUCGGUUCUGUUGGGUCGGUCCGGUUUUUUAUGUUGGCUAUUUUUCCGGCUUUCAAAUUCUGAUAAGGGUUUUUGGACGACAUUGAAUUUUCAACGGUUGGUACAUACAUAUUUCUUCACGAUUUGACCGCUUAAGAAAUCCAAUUUUCAAAAAUGUUGUCAUUAAGUAUUCGAAAAAUUCCCUUUUUUUCUAAUUUACUCAAACAAAAAAACGAAGUUUCCUUUUUUUGAAUGCCAAUAUUUUUUUUAAAUGUUAAAAUAACCAAAAAUCAGGAAUUCUACGCAUUUUGGAAGCGAACACAAUUUUCAAUAUAAAAAUAAACUUUAAAAAUAUUCGAAAAAAAUUUUCCAUUAUAAAAAAACCGACCGACUUUUUGCAGCAAACCCUUAAAAAUUCAAACUUGGUCAGUUUUUCGAUAUUUAUAAUUAUUUCUAGAUUCGACAAUGGCUGGGUCGUCAAAAAUUGGCCGAGGACUCGACUAUUUCAAACCUUCUGGGAAAUACUGUCUGGGGGCGGCCGACUACAAUCUGAGGCCUUGCCGAGAAACUUCCAUAGAUAUUAUUCGGCUCAAAAAAAGAUAGAGUAUAGGGACCUUUUUUUCUUCGAGAAUUUUUGGGUAUUAACCUGAAAGUUCAUUAGGAAAUACAUUCUAAGGGUCAGAAUCCUGCUCGGUUUGCGAAAAAAAAAAGCCUAGAAAAUCAAGUUAAGGUGCCUUGAAACAAAUUUGAAAACGAAAUAAAUUGGAUGUAACCUUUAAGGAGCUUUUCAACUAUUUGAUUCUAUCAUUUUAUCAUGUUCAGCUUGUAUAAGGUAAUUUUUGGUUCGUUAAUUUUAAUUACGGUGUUCUUUAGUUUUUUUUUUGUGUCUUUUUAUUCAGGUUUUAGUGUUCAGGGUUUCAAAAUUUUCUAGAAUAUGAAUUCAUUUUCUCGGAAUUCCAUCUUUCGUUUCACCUUGUAAUUCAAUCAAAUUGUACAAAACUGCCCUUGUAUUUUUCGUUCGUUAUCAAAACGUGAUCUUCUUAUUUCAUUUCGCUUCAUUUUUUAGCUCUCGGUUGCACUAUAAACUUGUUCAUUCUUUUUUCUGUGGUGGAAAAAACAAAUCCAAGGUUGAGAGCCUCCAUUUAUUUUCGAAUUUUUUCUUUUCCUGUCAUCGUUUAACCAAAGUUUUCAGAGUAUCGGUUCCAAAAUGACGAGAAGAAGCAAUUAUAUUGAAAGUCCUGAGGUUUUAAAAGGAAAAGGAUUUCUCAGCGAGUUUCUGAAUUUUUGCAGCUGACCAAGUACAAAGAUGGACUCUUCGAGGAGGCCGAAAAGCUGGUGAAGGAGGAGUUUCCACGAAAAGUCAUCGAAUUCAACGGCUUGCUCAAGGUUCCUACUUUUUCCGCUCCGUCAACGCUAAUUGUCUUUGAUUUUCGCCGAGAAUGUCUUUUCUUUCCAGCAAUCUCGCUUCUCGAUGGAGCGACUAACUGAAAUCCUUCCAGAGCCGUCGAUGAACAUUCCCAUUCCCAAAGUCGAGGUUUCUUUGUCUUUUCAGCUCUGAAAACACAUGAUAAAAAGCCUGCGGUUAAUUUUUUUAAUAAGUUUUAAACUGAAAUUUAUGGUUCAUUCAAAAAAAUUUCAUGAAGCUUUGAACGAAGAUUCGUAUGUCUAUUCUCUCAAAUUUUUUUCUACUAAAAUUUUUUUUAAAAAAAUAGUUCGAAAGUUUAUUUUUUUAUUUUUCUUUUUGAACUAUGGAUGAAAAGACAAAAAAAGGAUCUAACGAAUUCGAAAUGCUGGAAAUCCGAGUUCUGACGACGAAUUUGUCGUCUUAUUUGUAGGGAAUCAAUUUCUCUUUCUAUUAAAUAGGAAAAUGCGUUUUCUUCUCAAUUUUAAGACAACAUGUUGCCUCUUAAUUUGGAAUGAAAAUUAGUUAUUGGAGAUAAGUUGGAGCCUAAUCCAAUUACUUUAAUUGAAGUUUCAAAGAAAAAAGUUGAAUUUAAAGAACGGAAAAGUUUCCCUGCCGGAUGAGCCGCCGCGGAAAAGAGUCAAGCAGGAAGACGAAUCUGACGUCGUCGACGGAAAGCAACUCGUCGUUAAUGGUUCCUUUUCCAUUCUUCUUUCUGCUGACAGCUUCAGCUGCAAACCUGUUUUCAAAUGCUUCCGCAUGCACAAUUUUCAGAUCCAGGAGAUAUGGUUUUCAAUAAGUUCACGAGCCCUUUCCAAACUAAGUGUAGGUUAUCCGAUGCUUUCUGCGCUUUUUGGCAUUUUUUGUACAGGAGUGCAAGAAUAUUUGGUCACAGUGUCAUGUUUCUUUUUUUCUUGUUUUGUGUGUGUAUGUGUUUUUUUUUUUUUGGAGAUACGUACAUCAUCUUUAAAUAUCAUAUCGGGUUUAUUUUUUAAGAUAGAAAUGAAAAGACGACGAGAAAGUAGAAUAUUGACCCUAGUAUUCUAUUCACUAGUAAAAAUAAUCAGCCUGAAAAUUUUUUUAAGUUCGAGAACUACAGUGGAAACUUAAAUGUGAUAACGAGGAACACGUAAAAUGAACCAGAAGUAAAAAGACAUGAAAAAAUAGUGGAGGCCUCGAUGUUCAAAUCAAUGUCUGUGUUUGAAUUUUUUCUUCCCGCCGGAAACCCCUUCGUACCCUUUGUAUUUUACUAAUGUAUUGUCGUUAAGGCGAUCUAAUUUUUGACCAUAGCAAACUCAAGGAGUUUUCGAAAAAAAGAAAGAAAAGACGACCAAAGUAUAGUUUGGAGCUGAUUGUAAUCGGAGUCGUAGUGUAGUUUGGAUGUAGUCGACAAGAAGAACUCAAUGACUCUGAUAAAAAAUCCCUGGGUUUUUGAGAUUCAAAGUGUUGGUUAUAGCGUAUUUGAGACUUCGUUUUGUCCUCGGUUGUUCAUUCCUAUCCAACUGUUUAACAGAAAUCUUAGAAAAAAUAACGGAAUUGAUUCGAGGUGUUAUAACAACUAAAGUGUGAAACUUAACAUGUUGACUAAUAUUUUUUGCAUUUCUUUACAUUUUUAUUUUCUACUCCUUUUUUUCAACUUAUUUGAAAGAGUCUUCUUGUAGGCGCGCCGGUGUACGCCUUCAUAAAUGGCUCUGUACCCUGCAAUGACCACUUGGCCCAUCUCAUGGACGAGGUCCGGCCGCUUCUUCGGACAGCCGUCGAGAACGUCAACACGGUAAGUCGUUGUUUGGGAUACGUUUCUAGCAAUUAACAGGCUCAUAGUUAAAUUUGGAAAAAAAGAAAGUUUUUAAAAAGUUUUUCUAAAUAGGCAAAGCCUGCGGACUUAUUUGUUCUUGGAAUAGAAAGUUUUAAUUUGAGAUUAUUCUGAGAUAGAAAUGUGAGACCAUGUACUGUAUCUGAAAAGAAACUUUCAAGUAGGAAUCUAAUGUUGAGAUUUAUUUAUUGCCAUUUUUCAAUUUUUUAAAACAGUUUCUUGAUCAGAGAAAAAUUCUGGAAAGCUGUUUUGGUCAUUUUCUCGAAAAUCGGGGCGACGAGUUUUUGAAUAUUCUUUUCCCGAAGUAUAUAUCUGAGAAUCGCAUUAAAAAGGAAUGGAAAAAAAAGCUGCUGAUUAGAGCAAAAGCGAUUUUUCUAUCAAUUUCUUUUUAAUUUUUGGGCCAAGCUUGGCAGAUUCAGGAAAAAACACUCGAAGAAAAAUUGUUCUCCUUAUUUUUUUGUAGCUCGAGUUUUAUUUAUAACCCUAUUUUUUUGAUUAUUUAUAUGAUGAAAAAAAGCCCAAUAUUACCUAUCAAUGGUCUUUAGGUGAAAAUGUGGAUCACUUUGAUGAUUCCUCGCAUCGAAGACGGUAACAAUUUCGGCGUCGGCAUUCAGGAAGAAGCUCUUUCUGAGGUGACUUUUUUGAACUUUUGAUGAGAAUCAAGAAAAAUGGAGAAUUAAAUAAUUCAUCUGGAAAUUGAAAAUUUGAUAAAACAAAAAGUUUUCGUAUUCUCAUUUGAUAUUUCAGGUGAGAACAGUUGAGAACGAAGUGGCGUCGUUUCUCGACCAAAUGGGCCGAUAUUUCACGAGCCGCGCCAAGUUAAUUACCAAGGUUUUGAUUUGUUUUUUUCAUUUCCCGAAUUUUGCUUCAGAUUGCCAAAUAUCCGCAUGUGGACGAUUAUCGCCGUGCCAUUCUCGACAUGGAUGAAAAGCAGUUCAUCAAUAUUCGGUAUAUUUUCCCCUUUCUUCUGAAAUAUUCCCUUUUUUUUCUUCAGCUUGAUCAUUCUGGAGAUGCGCAACCACUUCUCGACCCUCCAUGACGUCAUCAUGAAGAACUACGAGAAGAUCAAGAAGCCGCGCACUACCAACACUGAACAUCUCUACUGA